CAGUUAAUUAUUUAAAAUGUCUAACCUGUUUGUGCAGCGGGAAGUUCUUGCGAGAGAUACGUGCCUAAUUCAUUUGCCUGUUCAGGCUUAAUGACACCAAAAUUGAGGGGGGAGAAUAGCACUCAUCAUAUCGAUCUCGCAGGUCCCGCCUUUCACCACGCUGGCAUCGCUGAUGCCAUUCAAUUGCCGAUGUUAGCUGAUACGAGGUUAACCGAUCUUAGUUGCACCAUUACGGCUUCACAUGGAGUUUCAUUGAUCCUGAUUGUUAACGGCAGGAGCGGUCUAAUUGCUUCCCACUGAAGUCAUUUGGCUAGCCAGUUCACUCCACUUAGUCUAAAUUUUCGUAAUUGGGGAUAAGAUUCAUUUUUAUGAAAUGCUUCUAACCUAUAGUUGCUCCUGUUGAGGAUAUAGUUGGAUGCGAUCAAUUUUUUUUAGGCUGAAUACCGCAUGUAUUUUUAACUACAUGUUAAUUUUUGUUUUUGGCAGUGUAACGAGCGUCUGGCCACCUUCUCAUAGAUCUCAUAUUUCUUUAUGUGCCUCAAAGGUGGCAGAGACAGGGGAAACACUUUCCUAACGUUUCGAACACCUACUUGAAGGAACCUUGUCAUGCACUAUUCUGUGGCGCUGCUCCUCAGCAAUCCUUACUUUGUCACAUUUCAUCCCUAGAGGAAGGAACGUUAUUUCACUACUUUAGAGCAUGGCCAAAGGUCAUUUGUCUCGGACUUAUUGGGAACGCUAUCGGGGGGCUUCACAUAGCAGAGCGAAGUUUCGGACAGCGCGACCACCUUUUCGUCGAGGUCCGCUGCGAAGGCCACCCUUCUCGAGGAGUACGUCCUCCAGCAGAGGGCCACCAACGAGCUCUACUGGAACAACCCGGAGCGAGCUGAGGACAACCUCGAGACGAGGUGGCCUUCGCUGCGCGUCAAGCCACGGGCCGACUACUUCGAGACGCGGAACACGCUGCUCAUCUCGCCCAGCCUGGUCUCGUUCCUGUCGGCGAUGAUGGUCGGCCUCGAUCCCCUCGUCGUGCCCGUGCUCGGCGCCGACGUGGUCCGAGCCCUGCUGAACGCCGUGGUCAGCAGUCAGCGGUUGGGGGAUGCCGGAGCCACUGGCCCGAAGGCCACUGCAGAGCUCACUCACCACAUGACUCGAAGCAGAGAGGACGCGACGCGCUGCCUGGCUGAGCAGUAUGCCAACCUGACGGGUGACCGCAAGGCGUGGCCCCGUUUGCGCGACGAGCUCUUCUUCGACUCGGCUGUCGUGGAGCCCCUGUUCGAUCUCUACAGGGUGUACCUGGCGAAGUACCCUGAGCUGCGUGAUGGCCCGAACAUUCCGGAGCUGCCGGGCAAGAACUCGUUCGAACUGUUCUUCGUCAACUAUGCUGUGGCCCACUGCGAGCAUGCACCGCGAUCGGUGGACGUUGCAGCUUCGACCGAUGGAGAGAGGGCGCUGUCGCCGGCCGCGCGACUCAACGUGGCUCUCAUGAACUCCAGGGCUUUUGCGGCCGUCUUCCACUGCAAGGAAGACGAUUUAAUGAACCCACGCAGCAGAUGCGAAGUCUGGUAAAAAAGAAGUGAUGCAGGCGGCCUGGAAAACGAGGCUUGCACAGACAACCUCACGGCGACGUCACCCUGCAGCAGGGCUCUCUCCCGGCUACUCAUGCGCAAGCGGCACCUUUUUUCUCUUUUAUUUUCAUUUUU